AUGGCGAAGAAGCGUCGGACUGUCCCUGCCGUCAACCCUUCAGUGUCAUCGGCUCGUGCCAUCACUGCAGCUGAUGUUGCCACAGGGUCUUCAAAAUUUUUAGCCCCAACAGUCCAAGCUGCCGUCACCGCACUGGCUGGCUCCAUCGAGAUUCCGACGGACAUCCCUCAAGAGGGCGCUGCUUCCCCAGGUGGCCUCGUCCAGCCUGCUCCAUCGGCCGGAGACACUGAGACUAUCUCCAUCAUUGAAGAAGCUGAUGAUGCGGCCGGGCCAUCUCCGUCAAGACCAGUACCAGAACCUCAACGUCAGGAGGCAUCGGCUGAUGUAUACCAAGAAGCAGCUGGCCAAAGAGAUCGUGAGCCGAUCAUUGAUGUCCCCGUUGCUGCUCUGACAGCCGAUACGUCCAUGAUGCCUUCACAAACUACCAGGCCUGGUCCUCGUCUCCCAGAAGAAAUCCGGGACCUUCUAGCCGACAUCCAACGUCGCCUCGAUAUCCCCAUCAAAGGCCUGGUAGCCAAUGCAGGCUCUGGGCGCGCCCGAUUCCAAGAAAUCGAAAGUAUGUUGCCCGAUGAGCUUUUUGGAGCUUUCAACCCCGUGGCUUUCAUGGAGUAUCACCGGAUCAAAGUAACAAGGGCUCAACGGCGUAUAUCAGAGCGGAGAGCACAAGCCGAGCAAAUAGUACUGGCCACGUCGGCGGAACAGAGGGUCGAGGAAGAAAAGAAGUAUGAGGCCAUUCAAACCAAAUCGGCUGAGAUCCAGACCCGUUUGGAUCGGCUGAAGCAGGAACGAGCCGAUCUGCAAGCGGCGCUAGCGGCCAAGGAUAAAGAAAUCCAAACAGAGGAAGAUGCCCUGGCCAAAAUCCCUGAAGAACUUGAGAGCCAACAGUCAGCGCUAUCAUCGACCAUAGACCAAGCGAUGCAGCAAUGGGAUGCUGUUAGAACAAUCCCUGGUAGCCUUGAGGAUGAUGCUUAUAUACUUGCUGAAGUCGAUCAAAUCCGCCUCAACGCUAUUGCUGCAAUCCAGAGCUACUUGUAAUGUCCGAUGAUGUAAUUCUUGAACACCUUCCUUUGAUGUAUAUAUAUAUUUUUUGAACUACGGGCGAUAUCCCAUGAUAUCGGCCAUCUGUAGGCGGUAGCUGAGCUAUCGGUUUUCAUUUACUUAAUGCCCUGGUUGCUUUGUCU